UUUGCCAUGUUGCCCAGGCUGGUCUCGAACUUCUGAGCUCAAGUGAGCCACCCACCUUGGCCUCUCAAAGUGCUGCGAUUACAGGCAUGAGCCACUGUGCCCAGCCUAGAUUAAAGUUAUUCUAUGGUGUGACUUUUAUCCUGAAGGACUUCCUUUGUUAUUUCUCAUAAGGCAUGUCUCACAGCAAUGACUUCUCUUCAUCUUUGGUUAUCUAUCUGGAAAUAUCUUUAUUUCAUCUUCAUUUUUGAAGGGCAGUUUUGCUGAAUAUAGAAAUUUUAGUGGGUUCAGGCGUUCUGGUGGCCAGAGCCUGUCCUGGCACGGAACCAACUGUGGACAGGUUGACAUUCCAUUGCAUGGUGCACUUAAACACACACCCAUACUCAUGCCUACUGGGACAAUUUCGAUCUCCCAGUGAACCUAACGUGCACAUCUUUAGGAUAUGAGAAGAGGAAACUGGAGUACUUGAAAAAUACAAACAAAUGUUUACUUAAUCGUUUUUGGUAUAGGGAGGACCCCUCUGGAUUGAGGAUCUUAUGACCUACUUUAGAGGAAGGUAUAAUUUGGCCUGCUGAGAUUCUGCCUUAGCAAGAAAGGAGUGGGAAAUAUUCUUGGAAAGAAAACUACAACAGUAAGAAAGCCAAAACUUAUUUUUACAUGGUUGUCAGCACAUUUACCGAUAUGGACGCUUUUCCCAAUAAUUUUCCUCCUGGUGGAGACAGCGGAUUGACAAGUUCUCAGUCGGAGUUCCAGAAAAUGUUAAUUGAUGAAAGGUUACGAUGUGAGCAUCAUAAAGCUAAUUAUCAGACUCUGAAGGCUGAACACACAAGGUUGCAUAAUGAAUAUGUAAAGUUACAAAAUGAACUCAAGCACCUGUUUAAUGAAAAGCAAACUCAGCAGGAAAAACUUCAGCUGCUGCUUGAAGAACUAAGAGGAGAAUUAGAAGAGAAAACUAAAGACUUAGAAGAAAUGAAACUGCAGAUAUUAACUCCACAAAAAUUGGAAUUGCUAAGAGCCCAAAUACAGCAAGAAUUAGAAACUCCAAUGAGAGAACGUUUUCGGAAUCUAGAUGAAGAGGUGGAAAAGUAUAGAGCUUUAUAUAAUAAGCUUCGCUAUGAACAUACAUUUCUAAAGUCAGAAUUUGAACACCAGAAGGAAGAGUAUGCACGUAUUUUAGACGAAGGAAAAAUAAAAUAUGAAUCAGAAAUUGCAAGACUGGAGGAAGAUAAAGAAGAACUACGUAACCAGCUGCUUAAUGUUGAUCUCACAAGAGACAGCAAACAAGUGGAACAACUUAAUGGAGAAAAAGUCUAUUUGUGUCAAAAAUUAAAAGGUUUAGAGGCUGAAGUAGCAGAAUUAAGGGCUGAAAAGGAGAAUUCUGACGCUCAGGUGGAAAAUGCCCAAAGAAUACAGGUGCGGCAGUUGGCUGAGAUGCAGGCUACAGUCAGAUCCCUGGAGGCUGAAAAACAAUCAGCUAAUUUACGGGCAGAACGCUUGGAAAAAGAGCUACAAUCAAGCAGUGAACAAAAUACGUUUUUAAUUAAUAAAUUGCAUAAAGCUGAACGAGAAAUAAAUACAUUGUCCAGUAACGUGAAAGAACUUAAACAUUCAAACAAACUGGAAAUAACAGACAUCAAACUGGAGACAGCAAGGGCUAAGAGUGAGCUAGAAAGAGAAAGGAAUAAGAUUCAAAGUGAACUGGAUGGAUUACAGUCAGACAAUGAAAUUCUCAAAGCAGCUGUUGAACACCACAAAGUGCUCUUAGUAGAAAAGGAUCGUGAAUUAAUACGUAAAGUACAAGCUGCCAAAGAAGAAGGUUAUCAAAAACUUGUGGUAUUACAAGAUGAAAAGUUAGAACUCGAGAACAGAUUAGCAGAUUUGGAGAAAAUGAAAGUGGAACAUGAUGUCUGGAGGCAAUCUGAAAAGGAUCAGUAUGAGGAGAAAUUGCGGGCUUCACAGAUGGCAGAAGAGAUCACCAGGAAGGAGCUUCAGAGUGUUAGGUUAAAACUGCAACAACAAAUUGUGACUAUUGAAAAUGCAGAGAAGGAAAAAAAUGAAAAUUCUGACCUAAAACAGCAAAUCAGUAGUUUGCAGAUCCAAGUGACCUCACUUGCACAGUCAGAGAAUGACUUGCUGAAUUCAAACCAAAUGCUGAAGGAAAUGGUGGAGAGAUUAAAACAAGAAUGCCGAAAUUUUAGAAGCCAAGCUGAAAAAGCGCAGCUAGAAGCUGAAAAGACAUUGGAAGAGAAACAGAUACAGUGGUUGGAAGAAAAGCACAAGCUUCAUGAGCGUAUCACAGACAGAGAAGAAAAGUAUAAUCAAGCUAAGGAGAAACUUCAGCGAGCUGCAAUUGCCCAGAAAAAGAGAAAAUCUCUUCAUGAAAACAAAUUGAAAAGACUACAAGAGAAAGUAGAAGUCUUGGAGGCAAAGAAAGAAGAAUUAGAAACAGAAAAUCAGGUGUUAAAUAGACAAAAUGUUCCUUUUGAAGACUAUACAAGGCUUCAAAAAAGACUAAAAGAUAUACAGAGAAGACAUAAUGAAUUUCGAAGUCUAAUUUUGGUCCCUAACAUGCCUCCAACGGCAUCUAUCAAUCCUGUUAGCUUUCAGUCAUCAGCCAUGGUUCCAAGCAUGGAACUACCAUUUCCUCCUCAUAUGCAGGAGGAACAACAUCAAAAGGAACUCUCCCUACUUCGCAAAAGACUAGAAGAACUGGAAACAACACAAAGAAAACAAUUAGAGGAACUUGGAUCUUCUGGAGAAUGAUGUUCUUAGAGAAGAGGCACAUCAAAAGAGUCCUUAUCACAGGAUCAACAAUACCUUGGCUUAAAAUAGAAGCUCGCAAGAAAUACCAACUAUUUGCUUACAAAUAUGGGGCCAGGCUUCCAAGGCCCUGCUUUAUGCAUUAUGUCACAGCCAUUCCAAGCACAGCAAGCAUUCCUGGGCAGCCAACAUGCAGGCAAGUAUUUCUCCUUAAAUGCAGCAGGCAAGGACAUCCUGGUCAGAGACAGAUCCUUCCCUUCCCUCCCAUCUGGGCAGUGUAGUCCCUCCUCUUCCCCUCCCUUCCCCAGUGCUUCCCUUCUCUCCCCUGACCCCUGGAACGAGGGAUGCUUAUCAUGUUUAAGAACUCAUUGCCUCUACCCUACCUUAGAGCUUCACUUCAUCUUCAAGUAGCAAAUGGAAUUGGUGAGCUAUUCUCACCAUUGACAUGGAUAGCCUGUCCCAGCAUGACUGAUUGGGGGGGAAUCAGGGAAGGGGGAGUUAACAUUUGUUUGGAAACAAAGCAUCUGAUGAAUGUGUCUGUGUGAAUUUCCAAAGAAAAAAACCCAGAUUAAGGAGAAUUAAUCAUAAAGGAGAAUGGUUUAUUGAAAUAGUUGCUUAAGUUAGAAAUAUGUCAUAAUUUUCAUAUAACGAUUGAAUACAGAAUCUAGGCGAUUUAACAAGCUUAGCUUUCAUUUUUAGCAAAUUACAAUCAAGCAUAAGCUGACCCCAUUUAAUAGGGCCACUACUUACUCAUCAAAGUUAACUUGAGUCAGUGUGACUGUAGGCCCCAUGAACUCAAAUGUACACUCAGGCUGGUCCAAAUGUGGGCAGCAUGAUAAAACUGUAAGAGGAGCAGCCAUGUGCAGGGUCUGGCUCAGUGCCAGGAUCCCCCAUCUCAGACAGGCUUCCUGGCUUCCCUUUCUGGCCUUUUGGGAUGCCAGAGCUGUUCUGAAACUGAUAGAAUGCUAUAACCACAUCCUUGUGCCUGAUUCAUAGGUUAAAAACAAUGUUAUUUAAAAUCUUACCUCAUCAAAAUAUUUUACGAUGUAUUUGUAAAUUUCUGUCAAGGCCACUUCUUCAUUAAAUUCAUUUUCGUGUUUCUAAAAGAAAGACUUGUUGAGAGAUUCUGAAAUGACUUAAAGUAACCAAAUAUAAGCUUAUUUCUGCUUUCUAAUGAUACCUUAGAUUCCUGAGUUAAAAAUUCUUCCAUUUCUGAGGAUGACAAUGGAGGCAAAUCCCUGAUUGCUUUGUAAUAAGAUUUUACUUCUUCUUUGUAGGUUGGGAUAUCCUUGGCAUAGAGAAGCUUAUUAGUUGGUGCUUCCUGGGGAAAAAAAAAAAAAAAGCAACCAUCACCAAAAGAGUAAAAAAAAAAAAAAGGUGGGGGAGGAAUUUAUAAUACACCAAUGUAGCUGAACCCCCACCACCAGUUUUACCUCUUGCUAGAAGGCUUCAUGCAGUAGGCCUUAAAUGUUGUUGACUGAAUGACUGACUGCUAUCUAGAUAGUUCUGGUGAGUCCCUGUUAUUUUCAGGCAGAUUAAAUGCUAAUAUAUUCUGCCUUCCUCUCAUAAAAGAACUAAAAUUAUUAUUUUUGCAUGAUUUUGAGUUACUGUAACAAUGGAACUUAUUUCAAUCAUAGUUCAUUACUAAUGGUUGUAAAAAGCCUGAAUUAAAACAUUUGCUCUCAUCCUCACCCACCAGUGAAUUUGGCAUUUAUAAAAGACUUGAUUGUAGGUCUGAUUGAGCCCUUUAUAUAACCAUGAAAACUGGUAAGUAAUUGGCAGUGGCAGAUUUUCCAGCUUGUCCCUUUUAUUUCAUUAGAUUAUAAAGAUCUUCCAGUUUCUUCAAGGGAACACAUGGUCAUUAGUAUUGGUGGCUCUGAUGUGUGCUUUUGCAAAGGUUCUCUGGCAGUUUGAAUGUUUCUACAUAAUUAUAACAGUGAUAUUUAAAAAUUAAAUAUUUUAUUUUUAAAAGUCAUUAUUUUUCACAAAACUUUAAAAAAUUCUACUCAGGAAAGAUAGGUAAGUUAACGAUAGGGCUAAUGUCCCAGUCCAUGAGGCUGAAUCAAUGGCUUGAUGAAUCAUUCUGAAGGAUGCCUAGAGACGGAGAUAUUAUUGAGAUUUUCUCAUUUGUCAAAUUUAAGUGGAACCCAGAAAUCAUGCUAUCAUUCAUUCAUUCAGUAAACAUUAUUAAGCAAGCACUGGAGCAGGCAUUGAGAGUACAAUGAUGAAGACCAGUGACCGCCCUUGAGAAGCUUACAAUCUAGUUGCAAAGACAGAUUUACAAAGUGCUUACUAUGAUACAAAUAAUUAGCAGGAGUUGACAAAAAGAGUUGGAUAAAUCAGAAAUCAUAAUUCGCUACUCUGUGUGGUUUCAGGCAAGUCUUGUAACCUCCCAGAACAUCAAUUUUCUCAUCUAUAAAAUGAGGGUAAUAAUAACUACCUUAUUUGGUAUUUGUGUGUGAUUAAGUGAAAUGUGUCAAGAACAUAAUUCAUAAAAAACUGUUUUUAGUGUGAAUAAACAUUUAAGUGCCUUUCAGUGUGCUGCAUGCUAAGAUGAACUUUGUUAGUCAAAUGAAGAAAGUACUGUAGGAAAUACAUUGGGGAAGUUCACAAAGUAGGCGUAUUUAGACUGAUCGGAGUCUCCUACAGUUU